AUGCGAGGCCGAGGCCCGCCCGCCUACCUUACCUUGGGCACGCCGUGUGUGCCUCCUUCCCCCGUGUCCACGUCCCGUAACCCGUGUGCCGGUUCCCUCUUGCUCUUUUCCCCAGGUCGUCCACCUCCGCCUGCCUUUUCACGUCCACCACUUUGCGCUUUUCGCCUGAGGUGGUCUCUUUCUGAUAUUGCUCCUGCUGUCUCAAGCGAAUGUCCAGUGUACCUAAUAUUCCCUCUUUCCCACUCUGAUUUAUCCUCUACUCUUCACGUGAGGCGACUGAAAGGUAAGGUACGGACGCUUCCUUCCCCCGCUUGCCCUCCGUGCGGCGUGGCCUCCUCCCGUCCUCGUAGUGUCUACGGAGUAGGUACCUGCCUUGAGGUAGGUAAGGUAGACUACAGAAAUACGUACUGUACAGGUCACACCCCCUCCCCCCAUCCUCUCCACACCCCUCCCCUCCCUCGUACUCCACUCCUUCCUUCCUCCUCUUCCAACCACCGAAACCUGAGGACCACCGCCCGGAUUUUUCGCCCACCACCGAGAAAUCGCGGCCGACCCGUGCCCUCCGAUUCUGCUCUUUUUUCGUCUUCCACUGUCCACCACGUACAGCACAACUUCCAACGCUCAACAUCACCGCAUCUCUCACAACUUUCAACACAAAAGAAACAAACAUCGCCAACCGCCUCCGACACCGUCCCGGCAUCAUAUCCAACCAAGUCCGACCCCUUUUAUCCCGUCGCCUCUUCGGCCGCUGUGGGCAUCGUUCCGCAAACUCCCCCCGUCGCGUUCUGCCCCCCUUCCUGGGGCCUUGACGCCGCCGCCCGCCCUCGCCCGCUACCUCCUGCCUGGGGGUCUCGCCUUUCUGGAGCCACCCUUCUCCAUAAUCUCGGCGCGACGGGUCGUCUUUUCUCUGCGUCACCCGGCCCCAAAACUCUCUUCUCUUCCGGAGCCCCCCUCAACAAAACACUCCUCCUCCCGCGACCUUGA